AUGACUGCAAAACUAAGGGUGGUUUUCUCUUUUAUUUGCGUCUUCCUUCUUACUUCACCGCUGCAUGUUUUAUCUUCUUCAAGGUCCCCAUGGGGAUGCGCCUUUAACUAUAAUUGUGGACGCAAGAGGCAGGUUGGUUGUUUGUUCUUCAAUUUACAUAGGCCACCCAUAGUUUUUAGUACUCAGUUCAUUGGCUUUUGUUUCUCAUUGAAAGCCCUUUAAACCUAGCCUCCCACGCUGGAGGUUUUAGGGGAGCUCGUUUUUCAUCCCUCCCCACAAACGCCUGCUCAGCCGGAAACAACAUUCCUUUCCCAUUGUUUUAUUUGCGUGGUAAGUGACCAAUAAACAGUUGUGCAAUAAAGUGUUGACAGGCUAAACACGACUGAACGUGACCUUAGAGUUACCGUUUUCCUUCUUUUCUUUCCUUCGCUAAGGUUAUGCAGUGCAUGGAGUUUUCUAAAUUUUGACUAAAUCUUAUUUUUGCCGCUCUGAAUCUAACAUUUAUUAGAGGUCAGAAAGCUUUCCCAGUGUUUAAUGCAGAUCGAGUAAUUAUCAGAUUACCUUGCGGUCAAGGUCAACUUUCCAGAAUUUGGAAAGUACAAUGUGAUUGGCUAAGCUUGGGAAAGGAAUGUUGUCUUCCGUUGAGCAGGCGUUUGUGGGGAGGGAAGAAAAACGAGCUCACCUAAAAACGCCUGCGUGGGAGGCUACUUUAAACCAGGAGCCUAUUAAACUAAAUGCCAUGAUCAAUCUUUGCCAUAUGGUUAAAUUUCGCACUAGUGAGGCCAGGACUAACGGAAAAUGAAUAUCGGUGCAUGACUUUUCCCUCAAUUCCAGGUUAUGGACCAGUUCAAACUUCCAGAAACCCGCCAGCUUGACGACCAGCAGCGCCCACUUAGGGAGUCUCUUUCCAAGCCUUUUGAAGGACGACUAGCAACCGCGCGAAGACUAAGAACCAGACAAGAAUUGGAAGCCUAGUUGAAGAGGAAGUAAAGUUUUAAAACUUGUUGACUAAACUAUUGCUCUUUGUUGUUUAAGAUAUUACAUAAAUAGUAAAGUACAUCAUUAUAUGGACUG